GGCUGUCAACGAUCUUCUUUCUGAUUGGUUGUUGGGUUUGCCUACUGCUUCGUGGCUAUCCUAAGCUGUCGUGGUGGUACACAAAGAUUAGAAAAGAAAAUGGCAUUGAUAUAUUCAUUUAUUGUCCUGUUAUUGGCCUCUUAUAUUAAUGCUGACAAAGAAACGUUAGUACUGUUGGACAAUUUGGCUAUCCGAGAAACCCAUUCGGUAUUUUUCAAAUCGUUGACAGAUCGUGGAUAUUCACUCGUUUUCAAACCUGUCGAUGAUUCCAACUUAGUGUUGGCAAAAUAUGGACAGUACCUUUAUAAAAACCUUAUUAUUUUCUCCCCAUCUGUUGAGGAGUUUGGUGGAUCUCUAAGCGUAGAAGCCAUCACCAAAUUUGUAGAUGAUGGAGGUAAUAUUUUGAUUGCUGGAAGUAUCAAUUCUGGGGAUGUCUUGAGGGAAAUCACAGCAGAGUGUGGAUUUGAAGUCGAUGAAGAAGGUGCAGCUGUCAUUGAUCAUCUGAACUAUGAUGUGCUUGAUCAGGGAAAACAUACACUUAUUGUUGCUGACAAUGCAAACCUUAUUGAUGCUCCAAUGAUUGUGGGAGCCAAGAAAACUUCUCCAUUCCUGUUCAGAGGAACUGGUCUCAUUGCUGACAAGGAAAAUCCUCUGGUCCUUGAAGUACUGACAGCUUCCAGCACCGCUUAUUCCUACAAACCUGAUUCCCACAUUGAAGAAUAUCCCCAUGCUGUUGGCAAAAACACAGUUUUGAUUGCAGCCUUGCAAGCAAGAAAUAAUGCCCGUGUCGUAGUUUCUGGUUCGUUAGAUUUCUUCUCUGACGAAUUCUUCUCAUCGCCCGUCCAAAAAGCCUUACAGGGUGGUCAGAAAUAUCCCAAAUCUGGCAAUCAAGAGCUGAGCGAUUCGUUAACCAAGUGGGUGUUCAAGGAGGAAGGUGUACUCCGGGUUGGGAAAGUGUCCCAUCACAAAGCUGGUGAGAAAGAUGCUCCUCAGUAUUACACCAUUAUGGAAAACAUGGUUUACGAAAUUGAAAUCGAGAAACUCGCCAAGGAUAAAUGGGUUCCGUUCGACGCAAAGGAUAUUCAGUUGGAAUUCGUUCGAAUUGAUCCUUUCGUCCGCACUGUAUUGCAGAGUGGUACUGAUGGGGUUUUCCGCACAGAAUUCAAAAUUCCUGAUGUUUACGGAGUUUAUCAGCUCAAAGUUGACUACACGAGAGUCGGCUACACUUUCCUAAACAGUGCCACUCAGGUGUCGGUUCGACCCCUGGAACACACCCAGUACGAACGAUUCAUUGUCAGCGCCUUCCCUUACUACGCCAGUGCAUUCAGCAUGAUGGGAGGUGUUUUCCUAUUCAGCAUCCUGUUCCUUCACUACCGCACGAAUGAGGAAACGAAAAAGAAGAGUGAAUAGAACAUAUUCAAAGAGUCCUUAAGUAUGAGUGGUAUGUAAGAAACAAAAAACAAUUAAAACUUGGUCUGUCUGUUGUUGAAAUAAAGGUUGUAAUUUCGACAAAA